CCUCAUCAGCCUCUCCCACAACCACCAUGUCCAUCACCAAGAUCCACGCCCGCCAGAUCUUUGACUCUCGCGGCAACCCGACCGUCGAGGUCGACCUCUGGACUUCCAAGGGCCGCUUCCGCGCAUCGGUCCCAUCGGGCGCGUCCACCGGUGUCCACGAAGCCGUUGAGCUUCGCGAUGGCGACAAGGCCAACUACGUCGGCAAGGGUGUUCUCAAGGCCGUCGCGAACGUCAACGACACCAUCGCGCCCGCCCUGCUCAAGGCCGGCCUCCCGGUCACCUCCCAGAAGGAGAUCGACGACUUCCUGAUCAAGCUUGACGGCACUCCCAACAAGGGCAAGCUCGGCGCGAACGCCAUCCUCGGUGUCUCCAUCGCUGUUGCUGAGGCCGGCGCUGCUGAGAAGGGUAUCCCUCUCUACCAGCACUUCGCUGAGCUCGCGGGCGUCAAGCCCCCCUACACGCUCCCGUGCCCGGCGUUCAACGUCAUCAACGGUGGCUCGCACGCAGGCAACAAGCUCGCGUUCCAGGAGUUCAUGCUCCUCCCGACCGGCGCCGCGUCCUUCCAGGAGGCGAUGAAGAUCGGCACUGAGACCUACCACACGCUGAAGAAGGUCAUCAGCGCCAAGUACGGUAUCGAUGCCGUCAACGUUGGUGACGAGGGUGGCUUCGCCCCGAACGUCUCGGGAGCCGACGAGUCGCUCGAGCUUCUCACGGAGGCCAUCAAGAAGGCCGGCUACGAGGGCAAGAUUAAGAUCGCGCUCGACGUUGCCUCGUCCGAGUUCUACAAGGACGGCAAGUACGACCUCGACUUCAAGAACCCCAACUCCGACGCCAGCAAGUGGCUCUCGGGCAAGGAGCUCGCCGACCUCUACCUCUCCUACGUCAAGAAGUACCCGAUCGUCUCGAUCGAGGACCCCUUCGACCAGGACGACUGGGAGGCCUGGUCGCACUUCACCGCCAACUCUGGCAUCCAGAUCGUCGGUGACGACCUCACGGUCACCAACCCGCUCCGCAUCAAGACCGCCAUCGAGAAGAAGGCCUGCAACGGUCUCCUGCUCAAGGUCAAUCAGAUCGGCACGAUCUCGGAGUCGAUCCAGGCCGCGCAGCUCGCGCAGUCUGAUGGCUGGGGCGUCAUGGUCUCUCACCGCUCUGGCGAGACCGAGAACACCAUCAUCGCUGACCUCGUCGUCGCCCUCGGCACCGGCCAGAUCAAGACUGGUGCUCCGGCGCGCAGCGAGCGUGUUGCCAAGUACAACGCUCUCCUCCGUAUCGAGGAGGAGAUCGCUGGCUCUGGCGCGAAGUACGCUGGCGCGGCUGGCCUCUCUGAGGGCCACACCGCCCCAGCGCUGCUCCGCAAGUAAAAUGUUGUACUUUACUGAUGGGAUGGACUUUGUGGAAGUAGAAAAAUAAUGUUGUACUCGUACGCACACCAUAGACAUGCAGUGAAAUUGGUUCACUGUUGAUUACUCUGCUAACGACGCUUGUGAUGACGACUCGAGUCCGGUUGUGUGACACUCGGCGAGGACUGGCUAAUGAGAUGUGGCUCGUUAGUGGCCGCCGAAGGGCAAUCUGGGAAUGACUCAGUUCUUUGCAUACCCCGUUCGGUACAAUAGGCGAGCGUCAAUAUGACUUGGUCAUCUCCGCAGCUGACCGCCUGCUUCCCC